GGUAUGUUGGCAUUCGCAUCUCGACUUCGGACGUGAAUAGUUGCUCAUUUGGUUGGUCUUUUAAGACAUAUCCUUUGGGCGAAAAGGGAAUAUUGUCAAGUUAACAAACAUAUACAAAACACUCUUGUUUCAGUUACAUAAUUGCAAGAGGUCUUAAAAUUUAGAUAGGAAUUAAUCAUUUAUACAAUGAAAGUCUAUUCAGUCGUUGUUUUUCUUUGCGUCGCGUCGCUAGCUAGGGCGAUGACGCUGCGUUUGGAACUUGAAACCACCGCAUUGGAUGAUUUGGUCAAACCGUUUCUAGGACUGAAUGGCGAUUGGACCUGUUCAUCUGGAACAUGCAAGAAAUGCGAAACCGUGCAGGGUCGAACUGCCUGUGUCGUAGCUACAUCACCGGUUGCAAACACCAUUCAUAUCCAAGUGGUAGCCAGCGGCAUGGUCUUGUUCAAUGCUGACAUCAAGGAGAAGAACCCUGGCCAAAUUUGCAAAGAUACGUAUGGUUAUAAAGUUUGUCUACAAGCAACAAAAGUCGAUCUUCAGACGGGAAGCGCCUGCUUAGAGUUCUCUGUUACGGCUCAAGGUCAAAUACACAAAAUGCCGUAUGGUUGUUUUACGCUGAAGCAAAAGCCGGCUUCUUCUGAACUAGCGUUUCAAGUUAAGAAUUUCGCAGAAAAUAUGUUAGGACUGAAUGGCGAUUGGACCUGUUCAUCUGGAACAUGCAAGAAAUGCGAAACCCAGCAGGGUCAAACUGCCUGUGUCGUAGCUACAUCACCGGUUGCAAACACCAUUCAUAUCCAAGUGGAAACCAGCGGCAUGGUCUUGUUCAAUGCUGACAUCAAGGAGAAGAACCCUGGCCAAAUUUGCGAAGAUAUGUAUGGUUAUAAAGUUUGUCUACAAGCAACAAAAGUCGAUCUUCAGACGGGAAGCGCCUGCUUAGAGUUCUCUGUUACGGCUCAAGGUCAAAUACACAAAAUGCCGUAUGGUUGUUUUACGCUGAAGCAAAAGCCGGCUUCUUCAGAACUAGCGUUUCAAGUUAAGAAUUUCGCAGAAAAUAUGUUAGGACUGAAUGGCGAUUGGACCUGUUCAUCUGGAACAUGCAAGAAAUGCGAAACCCAACAGGGUCAAACUGCCUGUGUCGUAGCUACAUCACCGGUUGCAAACACCAUUCAUAUCCAAGUGGAAACCAGCGGCAUGGUCUUGUUCAAUGCUGACAUCAAGGAGAAGAACCCUGGCCAAAUUUGCGAAGAUAUGUAUGGUUAUAAAGUUUGUCUACAAGCAACAAAAGUCGAUCUUCAGACGGGAAGCGCCUGCUUAGAGUUCUCUGUUACGGCUCAAGGUCAAAUACACAAAAUGCCGUAUGGUUGUUUUACGCUGAAGCAAAAGCCGGCUUCUUCUGAACUAGCGUUUCAAGUUAAGAAUUUCGCAGAAAAUAUGUUAGGACUGAAUGGCGAUUGGACCUGUUCAUCUGGAACAUGCAAGAAAUGCGAAACCCAGCAGGGUCAAACUGCCUGUGUCGUAGCUACAUCACCGGUUGCAAACACCAUUCAUAUCCAAGUGGAAACCAGCGGCAUGGUCUUGUUCAAUGCUGACAUCAAGGAGAAGAACCCUGGCCAAAUUUGCGAAGAUAUGUAUGGUUAUAAAGUUUGUCUACAAGCAACAAAAGUCGAUCUUCAGACGGGAAGCGCCUGCUUAGAGUUCUCUGUUACGGCUCAAGGUCAAAUACACAAAAUGCCGUAUGGUUGUUUUACGCUGAAGCAAAAGCCGGUUUCUUCAGAACUUGUGUUUCAAGUUGAGAAUAACGCAGAAAAUAUGUUAGAUACUGAAGAAGAAGAAGUAGAAGAAGACUUUGAUAUACCAGUUGAGGAUGUUCUUGGCCUGUUCAGUGAGUUUGUGUGCAAACGAGGUUCAUGUACGAUAUGCAAACCGGUCGCUGGAAGAAAGGGCUGCAUUACAGCAACUUCGGCCCCAAAUUCCAUUAAUGUGAAGAUCGCCGUCAGCGGAUAUACACUUUUAACGGGGGAAAUUACAGGCACGAGCUCUGGGCCAUUUUGUCGAGCCAAAAUUCCGAGCGUACACGGGGUCACUGAUCUUUGCUUGAGUGCACGAAAUGUGAACAUAAAGGACCAUUCGGCUUGCUUGGAUCUGUCAGUGAAGGUCCACGGACGAAAGAAAAACAUGUCUGCCGGCUGCUUCAAGAUACCGACAACUAACGAUGCUGAAAAAUCCAAACUUGGGCCGUUGCUGAUGACAUUCCUUGAAAGCCUUGGGCGUGGUCAAAUGUGAAGAAAACACUCGAUCCAUCUUAUUUAAAUUUAUGGAUACUAUUUCUGGUAGUUAUAAAGCUUUGUCAAGAUUUAGAUUCAGUGCACAUCCUUUGGAGAUAGAAACUGGUAGAUACAACAAUAUUGUAAGAGGGAACAGAACAUGUAAAAUAUGUAAUACUAAUACGGUUGAAUCAGAGUACAACUGUGACCUGAGAACUAAAUUUAACCUGAAUAGGUCUUGUAAUACUAUAAAUAAACGUGUAGCCAUCAUGUCAAGUAAUAACAGGCGGAAUAUUAGAAAACAUUAAAAUUUAUAUUCAAUGCUAUGAAGAAACGUACUGAAGCUCUCGCUAUCUUUGCUUCUUGAUUUGUCGCAAUGUUUUGCUUUUUUAUUGAUAUCCAUAUACUUUGUAGAUACUCGUCAGAAAUAAAUAUGUUUUAUUGUUCUUCUGUGUGGCCACUUGUGUAUAUUUGAUACUGUUUGUGUUUGGCCAACGGCAUGUAUUUGCUGAUAUUGCCAAUAAAAUAAAACUAUAAAAAAUGUCUGCCAUAAAAUGUAUGCUAUUGAUUGUCUUUCAUUAAAUGAUUCAAACUUGC